GCGAAACAGGCCUGCUGCUUUCGAUAGCAUAUCGAUAGGGUAACAACAGCGAGACGCCAGCAGCACAAAAUCGCAAUAAAACAAAAGUAUUAAAUCACGCCUAAAGUUAGGACGACCAUGUCCAGUGCCGCGAGUCCCAGUCACAGUAGCAGUACCAGUCCGAGUGUGUUUCUGAUCCUACCAUGAUUGCCGCGAUUCCGGGUACUGCGCACUUCCCUCGCCCAGAGACAAAGUUAAUUGUGCAUCUCGAGUAGUACGAGCAGUACCAAAAACGCAGAAAACCGAAAAGCGAAAAGCAAAAAGCCAAAUUGCAUGAGGAUGAUGAGAACGCCAGUGUGUGGAUAUAUGGAUAUAGUGCCAGGGAAAGUGCGACGAGCAACAACACAAAUCGGGAGUGAACAAAGACGCAGAGACACGUACAGUGCUUAAAGGCGUUAUCCUGGUAGUUUCUCAGCUAUUUGCCGUCCCGCUCCCACUCCCAUUUUGCUCCCGUUCCACGGCCUUGGGCGUGAGCUGGUGUGCGUGCGACUCGCGUGUGUGUGUGUGUGAGUGAGUGUGCGUGUGAGUAAAAGAUACGCUGUAUAUACCAGGACAUCGGGAUAUCCUGAGCAGCAAAAUGCCGCCAUCCCUGAUUGCCGUGUCCGAGUUUGUGGAGGAGACGCGCUCCGAUUACAGCUCGCCCACCACCUCCACCUUCGCCUCGAGGAUGCCCGACUGCCGCCACACGAUUGGCGUCUUGGAAGAGAGAUUGGAGUUCGACCGGGAGGGUCUAACUAAGCUGAAAAAAGCGGUCAAGGCUAUCCACAACUCAGGAAACACCCAUGUGGACAAUGAGAUGUUUAUGGUGCGAGCUCUGGAGCGACUGGGCGGCAAGGUUAUUGAGCAGGAUGAGCCGGACAUCGGCGCCGCGUUCCUUAAGUUCAGCGUUGUCACCAAGGAGCUUAGCGCGCUGAUGAAGACCCUGAUGCAAAACAUCAACAACAUUGUGAUGUUUCCGGUGGACUCAAUGCUGAAGAGCGAGCUGCGGGGCGUGAAGGGGGACAUGAAGCGGCCAUUCGACAAGGCGGCCAAGGACUACGAGGCAAAGUUCAUCAAGAUUGAGAAGGAGAAGAAAGCCCAGGCCAAAGAGGCGGGUAUGGUGCGCACAGAGAUCGACGCCGCUGUGGUGGCCGAAGAAAUGGAGAAGGAGCGUCGACUCUACCAACUGCAGACCUGCGAGUAUUUGCUGAAGUACAAAGACAUUAAGACCAAGACGGGAAUCGAGCUGUUGCAGCACCUUAUUGAGUAUUAUCACGCGUUAAGCAACUACUUUAAGGACGGCCUACAGACGAUCGAGCACUUCGGCACAUACAUCGGCGACCUCAGCGAGAAGCUGCAUGAGAUCAAGCAGAAGCAAGACGAGGAUCGUCGCAGUUUGCUGGAUCUGCGAACAGUUCUGCGCAGCACUCCAGAUUUUGAGCGAGUUGACAAUGUGCCAUCGUCGGAGAGCCGAAGUGGGGGAGCUGGUUACUCCCUCCACCAGUUGCAAGGUGACAAACACCACGGCGUCACCCGGCAAGGCCACCUUCUCAAGAAGAGCGAGGGCAAGGUGCGUCGCGUUUGGCAGAAACGACGAUGCCGGGUCACCAGCGAUGGUUUUCUUGACAUCUUCCAUGCCGACGAGUCGAAGCCGCCAACACGCGUAAAUCUGCUCACCUGCCAGAUCAAACCGGUGCCGGAUGACAAGCGCGGGUUUGAUCUUAUCAGCUACAAUCGUCCGUAUCACUUUCAGGCGGAGGAUGAAGGCGAUCAGAAGGCAUGGAUGGCCGUCCUGGUGAACUGCAAGGAGAAGGCACUUACCAAGGCCUUCCAGCACGCCAAUCCGCAGAUGAGUCCAAGUCUGGUGGAGCUGCAAAAGACUGUGAUCCGAUAUGUACAGCUACUGCCGGGCAACGAUCGAUGCUGUGACUGUGGAUCGCGUAACGAUGUGACCUGGAUCAGUUUAAACUUUGGCAUUCUAGUGUGCAUUCAGUGCUCUGGGGUUCAUCGCGAUCUGGGCGUCCACCACUCGCGCAUCCAGAGUCUUACGCUAGACAACCUGACGACGGCUAAUCUGCUUAUUGCUCGUGCCAUGGGCAACAGCACGCUGAACGACAUUAUGGAGGCGAAGCUGGGAAGGGGCAAGCUUCAGCACGAGAGCAGCAUGGAAGAGCGUUACGAUUUUAUCCGCGCCAAGUAUGUUGCCAAGCGCUAUGUCAUGCGCACGUGCUCGGAUGACAACGACUUACGGUGCGACUUAGAGCAGGCUGUGGUCAACGCCGACAUGAGUCAGUUGCUCCAGGUGUGGGCGGAAGGAGCGGAUCUCACUUGCUGUCUGCCCAGCUCUGAUGCCGGAGAGACGGCCCUCCAUCUGGCCGUGCUGCGCGAGAUGGGAUCUACGCUGCACAUAGUCGACUUUCUCAUCCAAAAUAUGCCGCCUAAAGGUCUUAACAAAGCUACCAAUCCGGCCGGUCUGUUGGAUGUGACGGGAAAGAAUACGGCGUUGCAUUUGUGCGCUCUGCACGAUCGGAGGGAGUGCAUGAAGCUGCUGCUCCGCUCUGGAGCCGACUAUGAGCUCAAGAACUCACAGAACAAAACAGCUCUGGAUAUUGCCAAAGAAAUGGGACACAAUAGCUGCAGGGAGCUUAUUGAAUGUGCCAUUAAGCGGGAGAAGAGCGCCUUCGACCACAUCAACACUGACUGGAAUCUGCCAAACGAGGACGGUUCCACGGAUUUCAGCGACGAUGAAACAGUCAUCGAUGAGCGCUCCAGUUCUAGUCCAAUCGCCAAUUGUCCGAGUCGGCAAUUCACUCUACCCUCCGGUCUGCCGAGCUAUACGCAUUCUGCAGGGACUUCGCCCAAACAGCACAUAAGCGUGGGACAGUAUCUGGGCAGUGCUACCAAUGUUGGAGGCAAUGGACCCGGGAAUGGUGGUUCAAGUCCCAGUUCCGCCUCCAGCCAGAGCGUUCGCGCGGCGCGAAACAGCUUGAAUAUGCAAAGCGAUCUGGGCGGGCAUGUGACAGGUGCUCGGAAAUCAACAUCUACGGCCAACAUGAAUUCUCUGAAGAAGCGUACAGCCCCAGCACCACCCCCCGGGACAUUGGGCAGCGCUUCGUCCAGCUCUUUUUACGGAACUUUGCCUCAUCCUCCAAGGCAUUCGCAAAACUUCGAUGCCAGCGACAUUCGAGCCAUUAACCACAAGAACCAGUCGCUGGACGUGGCUUAUGGCACGUUGCCGCACCUUCGGAGCGUAGAAAGCAGUCCCAGGGGCGGAGGAGGAUAUGGGUAUGGAGUGUCCCAGGAUCCAGGAGGAUCUGGAAACGGGAGCAACAACAGUCUAAUGCCUGCCAUGACAACCUUCGGCCACAAGCGUUCACCCAGCGGUGAGUCAUUGAACAGGAAUAUUCAUUUAGCGGGCGCCAAGCUUGUUCUGCCGCCCACCGGUGAGUUGCCCACGCUGAAGCAUGUGGACAAAUCGGCGUUAACCAGGCCAAAGAUUCCUCCACCAGGACCGCCAUCAGAGCGCGAAAUAUCAAACGGACAGUCGAACGAGAGCAUCAGUUCCAUGGACGAGGGACCAGUGGCGCCUCCCCGUAAGCGCAAGCAACACAUCACUCAAUUGAGAUGCCAGUCCAGCGAGGAGACGCUGGUUAAUCAGUCGGCCAAUUUUCCCGACUACGAGUCCUGGCAUACGGAUAUGGACAGCUCUGGUGGCGGUCUAGAUCACUCAGCCGAGUCGAAUGUGUCCUCGAGCGACAACGAUCGCCUUAACUCAUCGCCGGACAAUCCGUCGAAAACCGGUGGGGCAGGUCUGGGCGGAAAGUUCCACUAUAAUGGUCAGCGUCGGUGCCGAGCUCUCUACGAUUGCGUGGCGGACAACGAUGAUGAGCUGGAGUUCAAGGAAGGCGAGAUUUUGAUCGUGCUGAACGAGCGCACCGACGACGAGAACUGGAUGGAGGGCAUUAUUGAGGGACAGCCGACGAGGAAGGGCAUGUUUCCCGUCAGUUUCGUGCAUAUGCUGCCUGAUUAAUCAAUCCCCUGUUUGUGCUGAGUGAUAGUGUGUGGCUGCGCGUGAUUGUAUAUAGAUAUAUAUAGAUGUGUGUAUGCGUCUUUUAAACUCUAAUGAUAUAUAAAACAAGUUUUUAUUUAUUACGACUAUUUUAUCACAAAGCGUUUGACUAUUAAUUUGCCUAAGACUAAACAUGUAAACGUCUCAAGUAAGUUACUCUUAGCUUAGAAGCCAACUACUCAUUUACACUUGUAUUUCAAUCAAAGCCUUUAAGUAGCGAUCUUGCUGUGCAUUUCCCGUUGGCUUCCUUCAUAAGGUUAGCGCUUUAAUAACUGAAUAUGUCCUGCAAAUGCUGUAAUUCGUACCAUAACUAGAUCUAACUUUAACUUAGCCUAAAACGCUGUGCGCAAAAGUUACUCAAUGUCAGAAGAAUUGUCGGGAGAUAAGCUUAUGUAUUGUAUGCUUGUACUUUAUGCUGCCAUAAACAGAUACUAACGAUAUCCACACGGGCCCCGACCUGGUCGAACUCUAAAGUAUUCUAAAUCUGUUGUUAAUGGUUUGACGAAGAGUUUAUAAAACAACGUUAAAAGAAAUAUCAAUUUAGCCAAACCCAAGCCCAAACUAUCCCUGUUGCGGACAAAAGUAUAAAGAAAUACGAGCAUAUUCUGCAAAAAGAAGAGCAAAAGCCCUUUGUACCUAGAAGUUGUUACCAAUUAAGUACCCAAUAUGUAUAAAAGUAUCUAAAAAUUACAAACUGCAAGAUAUCAAUUGACGAGAUUUGCUUAUCACAUAUGAUUAAUUUGAAAAUUCAAAGUGUAUAUAAUCAUUUUUUUAAGACACUGCACACCUUUUUCUUCUUACUCAUUUUGUAUACACGUUUCAGUAUUUAUUUAGCAAAACCUUAAAGCAUAUUGAUAUUAUAUGUAAGUCAAAUAAACGGAAGAACAUAACGCUUAUUACAUAUAUACACAUAUAUAAGGUUGUGUUUUACCAAAAACAAU